CGAAUUGCCACUGACCACAUCAUCCUUACCUUGCCUGGUAACAUCCAGCAUGGCGUCAGACGGCCACGACGAACCGACGACAAAUGGGACGACUUCUACUCAUAUCGACAAGCCCGCUGGCGGACGACCACGACAUGGUUCCGAGUCUGAUGCCCAAGAGAUGGUCAUUCAGUCCCUACGUACCCAAAUACAGGAUCUGUACUCUCAAGUCACGCAGCUCAACGCGAAGCUCGUAAAAUCAUACGACAGAGUAUCAGAUCUGGAGGACGACCUUCAUGUUACCUCCGCCAAUUUGCGGUCUUCGACGCUAAAAGUAUCAGAGCUGGAAUUCGAAAGGACGCAACAUCUCUCCGCUCUGAAUACGGGUCUGCUGGUGGAGAAGAGCAACGUUACUGCCGAGCUCAAUCGCCUGAUGGAGAAGGCUACGGAGGAAGCAGCUCAACGUGGUCAGGCUGAGACGGCGCGGGCGACGAUUGAGAAGGAAUUGGAUGACCUUAGUGCGAGUCUCUUCGAUCAGGCCAAUACCAUGGUUGCCGAAGCGCGAUAUUCCAAGGCGCUUAGCGAACGAAAGGUCGAGGAAGCAGAAAUUGCGUUGAAAGGCGCUGAAGAGGCCGUUGCACUCAUGCAGCAGCAGAUGCAAGCACUCCAGGCUGACAAGGAGGAGGCCGACAAACGUGCGCUGGAAAUACGAGUUUCGAUGGGUAAAGGGAAAUGGGCAGAGCGACGUGAAGAUGGCUCUCUGAGACGCCCGUUGCGCCUUAUCUGUUCUCACCUCCCGUACCAGGAGUUCCUCCUGUUCGUGGCCCACCUGCGCACCCUUCAUACCUCCACCCCGACACCGCCAACAAUGACCACUCUUCUUCCGCUUCCAUUCAUUGCGCGCCUCUCGUCGGAAGACUCAGAGCCUACUGUUCGCCUUGAUCUCGCCCCCUCGUUAAAUUGGCUAUCGCGCCGCUCCGUUCUUGCUGCAAUCCAUAAUGGACAGCUUACAAUUGAACCUAUAUCAUCUACCUAUUUGUUACAAGAUACGUUCUCAAAUGCACCCUCUAUCCCUGGCCUGUCCGGAAACAAUGCUGUCUGUGCGCUAUGCGGAGAGCCUGUCUUUCCCAAUUCCGAAUCGCGACCUUCUGGUUCUGGUGGUUCCUGGUCGUCUUCUCUGUUCAAGAAACCAUUAUCUUACACUUUAAACGGUUCAAACGGUUCGAAUUCUGUACCACCUUCGCCAAUAAAUACGAAACCUACUCAGGUUUACGUAUUCAGAGUCUCUUCACCACCGUCCUCAUCAUCGGCCCUUCCUAACCUCUCCAUUCCUACGACACCUUUCGCAUCGACAUCCUCGCAAUCGCAGACAAAUAAUUCUGGUGCUCAUUUAACGACCAACCAUCACUCCAGUGGUAGUUCUCAGUCAACGGCUGCAUACCCUCUUUGUACUGGCGGCUGGUGUCUCACGCGGUUGCGACAGACAUGCACUCUAUGGGCAUUCGUUCGCACGGGUAUCGUGGAAAGAAUAUGGGAAGAGGAAGUCCCGUCGUUACCUCCGCCACCGAUACCGGCUGCGUCGAACAGUGACAAACCUCCAGUUCCACCACGGCGAAGGGGGCUUUGGGGUAUGGCCAGUGCUCUUGGCGAGAGAGCAGCAAGCUGGAGUGGCGACGAUAAAGAAAAGAAGAAGCUUCAAGUGGAGAAGGAGAAGGAAAAGAAACUCGACCUUACGUGGGAGCGGGACCAAGCAAAUGCCAUAGCCCAGAAUGAAAACCUACGAAACAAGAAGUUUGAACCGCCGCCUCUGCAUCCGUCCUUAUCCGCUGCUCCCAAGAGUCCGUCAGCCGUCGUUCCGGCUCCAGUCCCACCGCCACUUCCCAGACGAAAUGACCGGCGUCCUGUUCCACAGCCUCCACCAACGACAGCAGCACAGGAAGCGGAACCGCCUACGUCGGGAAUCCGUCCUCAAACUCCGACACGCGUACCUCUUCCCGACUCUAGGCCCGCUACCCCCGUCUCCCCUGCAGCACCUCCUCCGCUUCCUCGAAGAGCUGCCGCGCGUGGACCCCGUCCUAUGCCCGGAUCAAGACCAGGUACGCCGAAGCCUGAAGGAGUGGCAAAGGAGAAAGCGGAGGAAGAUGAGAAGGAGAAGGAGAAGAAGGCGCCGGACAGCGUACGGGAGAAGGAUGAUUCCAACACUAAGGAAGACGAGGAAGAAAAGACGGAAGCAGGGAAAGAAAGCGAGAACACGGAGAAAGAAGUCGAGCGUCCCGCAGCAGAGGAGAGACAUCCCACUCCUGAGGCUCCAACCACUGAACCCUCUGAAACGCCUGGAACUGAACCAGGUGUGGCAGAGGUGGAAGAGAAACAUCCUGCUCCAGAAGGGGUUGAAGAGACAAAGCAAUCUAGCUCCGAAGGUAAUGAAAGCGACGCGCCUUCUUCACCUACGCCUUCGCAUGUAAAUGGGAAGGUAGACUUCGGAGACCGGAAUGUCACGUCCACUUCUGAUGACGAGAACGAAAAGUUCGAGUCGCCGGUCGAGUCUGUGCCCGAAUCCGAUAACGAGAAGGAGGUGUCAGACAAUGAAGAUGAGAAUAAGGAGGUUUAUAUCGGUGAUACCACUUGGGAGGAGAGGACUUGGAAAGAACUCGUACGGAUAAAGGAAGAUAUGUUCUGGGCACGCGUUGGUGGAUUGAGGUAGUAUUGUUAUACAUGGCCACUUCGAGACUUCAACUUCAACUUGUUUGCGCGUUCUCUAGAGCUGCCUAGUUAUUUAUCGACUACACUUUUCUUUCUCUGGAAUCAUGCUUAAUCUAGAACCUCAUAUAGAUACCCUCCAUCCAUGUGUCCGCGUUUCAUCUGGCUGUAUACAUUACAUCACUUGUUUCUUUUUCACCCAUUCUUCGUGCCGUCUGACCAAUUCUGA